CUUAAUAAGCAAUCAAAGUUAGAGAAAGAUUUUCUCACAGAAUCCUAUCAGCUUUUUGACAUCUCGACUAACAAUUUUAAAAAAGAUAUUUUUGCUGAUAGAUUAAGAACAGAUGAUGCCAAGCUGGAAGAUAUAAAUUUUUAUGAAGACCAGAAGUUACAUAGGAAAGGAUAUAUGGAAACAAAAGUCGAUGAAGACUACAGUAGAAGAGUACUGGAUGCAAACAGGAGAAAGAACAAGCUAGAUAAGUUGAGAGAGAAAGAAUUAGAGAGACAGAAAAACUUAAAAGAUAUCAAUGAUGUUUUGUUGUCACAUGACUCCAUGACAGAAGAGAUUCAAUUCAGCAGUGAGGAAGAAAAGUCAAAACUUUGAAAUCAGCGAGGAAGAUGAUUUCCUGGGUAACGGUCGGAAACGCAGGUACAAUUCUGGAGAUAGGAUAAAUCUAGCAGUGAAUGUUGAAAAGCUCAUUGAAUGUACUGCUAUUCCAGCAACAAGGUUCAAUGUUGGUGUACGACCUCAUCUGGCAAUUUUAAGUGAAGUAUUUAAAGCUAGAGGUAUAGAAAUUAAUGAUAUACCGCUUUCAUGAAGCACACUUCAUAGAAAAAAGUUCAAAUAUGUAGAACUUGAAGGAGACUCGGAGUGGAUUUCAAUAUCUAAUCAUCUUAAAGGCCGACGGCUUAUUCUUCAUUUUGAUACCAAACUGUUGGAACAAAUUACCACUGGGCUUAACUUUAUUCAAAAAAUUGAGCGACUUGCAGUCUCAGUGAGUUCCCCGGAUGACGAUACCAUGGAAGUUGACCAAGCAGAACAAGUGCACAAUCUUUUAGAAUAUUACGGAUGUAAAGAGAAUAUCAUUGGUAUAUGCUGUGAUACAACUGCAAGCAAUGCAGGCGGAGUAAAUGGAGCAGUCCAAAUUCUUACAGAUAUUUUGAAAUUACCAAUUUUGUGGAUAAUGUGUAGGAGACACAUAUAUGAAGUACAUGUAUCUCACUAUAUGGCUGCCCUUACUGGUGAGAAAACUAAAGGUACAAGAAGAGCUCUUUAUGUCAAGCUAAAAAACAAGUGGCCUGAAAUCUGUGAGAAAGUGAAUGAAGUGGAAAGUUUAUGUAAAUUGGACUGGCAAAGAGAUGAUCUGAAGAUUGGCUCUGUUCUUCGCACUGCUGCAGAGGAAGCUAAGACAUUUUUGACUAUUGCAACUACUGAUAUAGUGUUUUCAAGGAAUAAUUAUGGUAUAGUUUGUAAGCUUGCCUCCUUCUUCCUUGGAGUGGAAGUACAAGAUUUUAAGUUCCAUCAACCUGGCGCCUGCCAUGAGGCAAGGUUUUUAGCAGAUGCGAUCUACAUCCUGACUCUUUAUAUGACUAAAGAUAUCAGUAAUAUCUUGACAGAAAAAGAAAUGCUGCAGUUGAAGGAUGCAAGUUUGUUCAUUGCAAUUUGCUAUGUUCCAUGGUUUUUAAAAAGUUUUUUAGGAUUUCUGGCUCCCUACAAUGAUUUGAAAGCUAUCCAGACAGCCUAUGCAUUGAGAAAAGUUAGUAAGAAUAUUGGAAAUGCUUUGCUUCUCAGCAUGGGACGCCAUACGUGGUACUUAACUCUGCAACUCUGUGUUUUUUCCUUUGGGGAUAAAGAAGUUCCUUCUGAAACAAAGCUAAGAAUGCUGUUAGCUCUGAUUGAGUUUGAAGAGCCAAAUGAAUUUCAGCGUUGUAAACCAUCAAAUGUGCAUAUUGGAGAGACCACAGAGCUACCUGAGUUGAUUUCCGAGCAAUGCUACCUUCUCUUCAAACAUUUUAAAAUAUCAAGAGCAAGUAUAAAAGAAUGGCUUAAUAAUAGUCUUAAUACUAUAGAUGUUUUUAAACAUCCUCAGUUGCUAGAUUUUAUUGCAUGGAUCAAAAAUAUAUCUGUUGUAAAUGAUGGUGCAGAAAGAAACAUUAAGCUCAUUAAAGAUUUUAUUUCAGCUACUAGAGAUGAAGAUCACCUUCAAAAUGUACUUUUUGUAGUUAAAAAGUCUAGAAAAAACUUGACUAAGACUAUGACUAAAAAGGAGCUUAGGAACUGUUCAAAAAGUUGUAUUUUUUUAAGAAAUGUUUCACCGCAAUAAAAUCCUCAAUUUGCUAAUAAAUAUUAGUUUUCAAAAGCACCACCAAGUCUUGUCUUUAUAACAGAAACAUGGUUUGAUAAAAACUCUAUUUUGAAUCUCACAAAUUAUAUUACUUACAGGCAUAAUCGAAAAACUAAUCUUUACGGUGGAGUCUGCAUUUAUAUAUCUGACACACUAAUAAGCCAUAAAGUAACUCACCUUGAACUGAUUCUGAACAAGUUUGGUGUUCGGUUAAUCUUGGAACUGAAAAAAUUGUAGUUGGUUGUGUAUACCUUCCAACUCUCAGUAAUGACUUUGUAAAUAAUCAGAUUAAAGCCUCUAUAAGUUUUGCAUCUAAAUUAGUGGAAAAUAAACACUUCUCAGGUCUUCUCACAGGAGACUUUAACCUUGGCAAUACCAAUAUGGUCUAAUUGCACUGCGUUCACCACAAAUGCACUAGCUAUAUGAGACAUUUUGAGACAAUAUAAGACUAUAUUGAGACAUUUGGUUUCAACCAUCCAACCCAACAUGUUAAUUUUAAUACUUUUUAAUUGAACUCUAAAUUAGGCCCAACUAGCACAUCUUAUAUUAACUGAAUCUUCAUAAUGAGUAUUUUCUCUUGAAAAACAAACUACUAUAAAAACUCAACUUGCAUAAACCAUCAGACAUAGACGGCAUUCACCUACACGUUCUUAACAAAUGUUCUUUAUCUCUGAAUGUGUCUAUCACUUAUAUAUUUAUAAAAUCUAUUUCUGAAGGUCUAGUCCCAGCUGCGUGGCUGAAAGGUAACAUCACACCUCUUCACAAAAAAAGAUCUAAACUUGAUUCAUCAAACAGACCCAUUUCUUUAACAUCUGUCUGCUGCAAACUCCUAGAGUGUAUUGUAAAAGAUUGUUUAACUGAGUAUCUAUAUGCUAAAAGUCUUUUAUCUCUAAAUCAGAACAGAUUUGUUCCAAAUAAAUCAUGUAUUACCAAUUUAUUAGAAACUGUAGAUCAGAUCUCAUAUUCAAUGGCAUGAGACUAUAGUUUAGAUGCUUUGUAUCUAGAUUAUGAAAAAGCCUUUGACUCACUUCAUAAUCUUAUACUCCACAAACUUUCUGGUGACUCUUAUAUGCUACUUAAUUGGAUAAAGUAUUUUCUUUCUAACAGAACGCAGGAUGUUAUCAUGGGUUCUGCUCCUUCAGAUUAGUUACCAGUGGUGUUCAACAAGGAUCUUAGAAAGAGAUCUUAGCAUUUGCAUUUUACGCAAUAUCAAAGGGGACAUGCAUGUCAAAAUAAUAUCAUCAAAAGCUAACUUUGUUUUCUGUCAACUAAAGAAAGCUUUUAUCUAUAAAAAUGCACAAGUCUGGAAGAGACUUUCCACAUUGCUGGUCAGAGCUCAUCUUAGGUAUGCUACUUUUGUAUGGAUUUUUCUUUCUGCAUACAAUAUUAAAAAAACUUGAAAAAGUUCAAAAUUGUGCCACCAAAAAAAUUCAGCUUCUUAGUGAAUUAUCCAGCGAAGCCAGAUUAUCACAUCUUCAUCCCACCUCAUUAAAUGAAAGAUACAAUCAAGGUGAUUUAAUCUACAACUUCAAGUUUAUUAAUAACUUAAAAAGUAUUUGUUGGCUUAACCCACAAAUUAGCCAUCCAUAUGAUCGAAUAACUUGAGGACACUCUCGCUAUUAUUAGUCAUAAAAUACAAGUUCAAAAAUC